AUGAUAUUUUUCUUUACUUUCUCCAACUUCCUCCCGACGCCCAUCUCACCAACAUAUGCCUCCUCAUGUGCGCGCCAUGCCGCGGUGACCAUGCCACCAGGCAGCGGUGGAGGAGAGGGAGCAGGUGGGCGUGGAGGUGGGGCGGCUGCUCAUCGUGCUGGGGGCGCGGCGGGGCGAGGUGGCAGUGGAGGCAGCGAGAGCACAGCUGGAGGCGAGCUUUGCGGAGGAGGCGGAGGUGGUCUUCACCACCGCCAUAUAUUCGCCCGGUUGGCGCACGGGUUUGACAUGUGUGUGUUUGACGAGGCGGCGCAGGCCAGUGAGAUGGCGGCCCUACCCCCUCUCACGCUGCGCUGCCAGCGCUGUGUGCUCGUGGGCGACCCCCAGCAGCUGCCCGCCACCGUCAUCAGCCGCCUCGCCUCCUCGCUGGACUACAGUCGCUCACUGCUGGAGCGCUUCCAGAGGGCGGGCUGUCCAACACUACUGCUGACGGAGCAGUACCGCAUGCACCCGGCCAUCCGCGCCUUCCCCAGCCGCUACUUCUACUCCGACCGCCUCACCGACGCGCCCGCCGUCACCGCGCUGCCCGACGAGCCAUACCACGCCGACGCGCUGCUGCGCCCGCUGCUCUUCUUUGACGUCAGCGCGGGCCGCGAGUCGCACGGCGAGCGGUCGGUGUCGUACCAGAACACCACCGAGGCCGCACUUGCUGUCGCUCUCUUCCAGGUGCGCCCACGCCUCCUUCUGCGCCCAGGGCUCCUGUCGCACCUCUGCCUGCCACUGCAAGUACACAGGUUUCACACAUCUCAAAUGAGCCAUUGUUUGGAUGCUCCUCACUGGCCUCCCACCCACCCAUCCGCCCUAAACCCCUGGCAGCGGCUGCAGGAGGUGAGUGCAGCAGCGGGUGCCACGGGACCGGUGCCGGUGGGGGUGGUGACGCCCUACCGCCAGCAGCUCAAGCUGCUGCGCCGCUCCUUCGACCACCUCGCCCGCUCCGCCCCCCCGCCCCCACUGCCGCUGCUUGCCGCCCCUACCACUGCUGCGGUGCAAGCGGCAGGGAAUGUUGCUGUCAUCCAAGUGCAGCAGCACGAGCAGCAGCAGCAGCAGCAGGGGCAGGGAGGGCCAGACCCAGGCAGUGCUGCGAGGCAGGAGUGGCAUCCCGCCCUCCUCGCCGCACCACCACCCCCUUGUGCGCCUGCUGCUGCCGCGGCCCCACGGGUGUCAGUGGCAGCGGUGGCAGCGGGCGGGGCGGCGCUGUACGUGAACACGGUGGAUGCCUUCCAGGGGCAGGAGCGCGAUGCCAUCAUCCUCUCCUGCGUGCGCGCCUCCACGCGCGGACUGGGCUUCGUGGCGGACGUGCGCCGCAUGAACGUCGCCAUCACGCGCGCCAAGCGCUCUCUCUGGGUCAGCCCACCUCUCAAUGAGCCACGCCUGCCAUUCUUCAUGUACCUCUGUGCCACAAUUCUUGGCAACGCAGUGUCGCUGCAGCGCUCACCGGCGUGGGCGGCGCUCAUUGACGAUGCGAAGCAACGCGGAUGCUUCCUCUCCUCCGACUCCUUCGCGCCCACCCUCCUCCCCUCCCUCGCCUCCACAGGCCCCCACCGUUCCUCCCCUCCCCGACGACAUCCCCCCCGCCGCCAUUCUCCUCGCCGCGUCGCUCCUUCUCGAAAUAAUUCUGGUUCUGGAGGCAGGAGAGGGGAGGAGGGCGGAGGGGCUGCUGGUGGCAACAGUGGCGCGGCGGGUGACAGGUGGGAGCAGGGCACGGGGAGUAGUGGGGUUCAGGGGCUUUCAGAUGGGCGGAGGGGUGAGGAGGUGGGGGAGGAGAGGAGUGCAUGGCCAAACCGCCAUGAGGGCACACGCAGAGGUGGGCACCGGCAGGGCCAUGGGCAUGGGUAUGGGCAUGGGCAUGGGCAUGGGCAUGCGCAUGCGCAUGGGCAUGCUUACCGGGGUGGCCAUUCCCGUUACAAUGGGCAGAGGUAUGCUGGCAGCCAGCAGGCAAAGUCACAUGAAGGUGCGGAAGGGCUGCAUGAAGGGGAGGCAUUGCCUUCUGGGUUUGAGGGGCAGGCUGAGAACGGACGAGAGAGGGACUGGAAGAGACGACGAUUGGACAAUGGUAAAAGUAUGUGA